AUGGUUGAUCUCGAAAAGAAGUAUUUCUUGGCUAAACGUCAGCUUCAUUCCGACUUUCACACCUCAGCAUUCAAGUCGCAUAUUCGAGCAACUCUCAAGUUGAUUCUGCCACCCGACCUACUACUCUCUGCUAGGACUAAAAACAUGCGCUUCGCUUACUUCCUGCUCGUCGCCACGGCUACUGUUCUGUCUACCAGCAGUGCUAUCGCGCUCACCUCUGUCGACGACCAGGCAAAGGUGCCUGCGGUGACUGCAGCUGACGCUGCGGUCGCCGUCCGUGCGCUCGACAUCAGCCAUGAUAAGAGGUUCUUGCGAUCUAACGAGAAGAAUGACGAGAAUGCAGAAUAUGAAGAGGAGAGGGGACUACCACUGGGCAAGUUGACUCAGUUGACGAAAAAAUUUGUCGGUGAUGGACAGAAGAUUGAAUCGCUAAUGGACAAACUGUCCAGUCUAUUUGUCGGGUUGUCCGCCAAGAACAGGCAGAAAUUGCUCAAAUCUACUCGGAGCUAGAAGAAUCGUGAGGUGCCCGAGCAUUACUAAACGGACCUGGUAUUGACUGUCAACCACAACUUCCCCAUCAAGCUCAGCAAGAUAUUACAGUGAUUGAGAACGAAUCUUUUACUGUAUACCUGGAUUCAACAUUGUCAACUUUCACACCCA